UUGACCUAUUGGGCUUUCCAUAGUUCCGGACGCCCUCUCCUCACACACCAAUCCCAGUCCUGCAAAAUUUUCACAUUGAACUGCGCUGCACCCACUCCGUUGUCUGUUAACUCUUUGCGUGCCGGUUACGAGGACAGGGCUCUGACGCCGUUACCUAAGCCACAGAUGUUUGUUCAUAUCACAUCGUUUUACCUCACAACGGAAGGGAUGAUUUUGGGAUUAGAGAUCAGGCGUUAGAUCACGAGAGAGACGCAGCGAGCCGCCAGCGAGAGAAGACCCUCUCUCCUGCGACUAUGGCGUCCGACUACGGAACACGGACCCUCAACAAGAAUGAUGUAAACUACAAACAUUUUCGCAUGAUCAACGAGCAGCAAGUGGAAGACAUCACCAUCGACUUCUUUUAUAGGCCUCACACGAUAACCCUAUUAACUUGCACCGUGCUAAGUUUAAUGUACUUUGCCUUUACAAGGGAUGACGGCCAUCAGGACAGUAACCUGUGGAUUGGCCUCAUCGUGGUCGUGUCGUUUUUCCUGGUGAUUAGUGUCCUUGCAUUCCCCAACGGCCCCUUCACCAGACCCCAUCCAGCAAUAUGGCGCAUUGUCUUCGGGCUGAGUGUGCUGUACUUCCUGUUUUGGCAGUUCAUCAUGUUCCUGAACUGGGGUCAGGUGAAGCAGCUCAUGUUCUGGUUCGACCCAAACCUGCGCUACGCAGCCCGGGAGGGUCCGACACAGGAGUACGCGGUGAACUGUCAUGUGAUCACCUGGGAGCGAAUCAUGAGCCACUUCGACAUCUUCGCCUUCAGCCAUUUCUGGGGGUGGGGCAUGAAGGCCCUGCUCAUCAGGAGCUACGGCCUGUGCUGGACCAUCAGCAUCACCUGGGAACUCACCGAGCUGUUCUUCAUGCACCUGCUGCCCAACUUUGCUGAGUGCUGGUGGGACCAGGUGAUCCUGGACAUCCUGCUGUGCAACGGAGGCGGCAUCUGGAUGGGCAUGACUGUGUGCCGCUUCCUAGAGAUGAGGACCUACCACUGGGCCAGCAUCAAGGACAUCCACAGCACGACGGGGAAGAUCAAGCGUGCAGCGCUGCAGUUCACUCCUGCUAGCUGGACCUACGUGCGCUGGCUCGACCCAAAGUCCUCAUUCCAGCGCGUCGCCGGGGUCUACCUCUUCAUGAUCAUCUGGCAGCUGACGGAGUUGAACACCUUCUUCCUGAAGCACAUCUUUGUGUUUCCAGCCAAUCACCCGCUGACCUGUGGACGCAUCCUCUUCGUCGGGGUCAUCACCGCGCCAACCGUCAGGCAGUACUACGCUUACCUGACGGACACCCAGUGCAAGAGAGUGGGAACCCAGUGCUGGGUCUUUGGGGCCAUAGCGUUCAUGGAGGCGCUGGCGUGUGUGAAGUUCGGUCAGGAUCUCUUCUCCAAGACUCAGAUCCUCUACGUCUUCCUCUGGCUUCUCUGUGUGGCGUUCAUCACCUUUGUGUGUUUGUACGGGAUGGUGUGGUAUGCAGAGAACUACGGUCCUCGCCAGAAGAGUUUGUCAGAGUGUGAGGACAGCGGUUACACAGAAUCUGAUGACUGGCCGUCAGAGUGUUUGAAAGGAGAGUUGGAGGGUGAUUCGUGCUCUGCUCCUGUGCGUCAGCGCUCCAGCGGUUCCGAGCGGAACAAGAGUGUUAACGGCCUGGACAAGUAACGUUCUGCAGAGGGACCGGUGGUUCUAGCAUCGUUCUAUAGAGAUGGAGAGAACUAGAGAAGAGAGAGAAAGAAUGAAGGAAAGAGGAGGAGAGAAGAAGAGAAGAGGACGAGAGAAGAAGAGAAGAAGACUCUGCACAUUUAACCCUCUCCUGACUGACCACAUCUAACCCUGGUCAUCUCUACACACACACACACACACACACACACACACACACACAAACACACACACACACACUAUGGUCCUUCUCCUGACUGACCAAACUGAUCCCAUUUAACCCUCCCGGCCACCAGCGCCGUGGACAAAGCUGACAGUGGAGAAAUGGUGUCCAUCACACACACACACACACACACACACACACAAUAUAUAUAUAUAUAUUUAUGUAUAUAUAUAUUUGGACAAACAUUGUACAGCUGUAGUAUCAGUUACAGUACAUGCCAACACGAAUUGUAGAGCACAUUCUAUAAGUAUCUCUCACACACACACACACACACACACACACACUCAUACUCACACUCUCACACACACACACACACACUCACACUCACACUCACACACUCACACUCACACUCACACUCACACUCACACUCACACUCACACACACACACACACACACACUCUCACACUCACAGUAUAUCAGUUCUAAUCUGAAUAUCAAACAAGGCAAGCAAAACACAUGGGGAAUGUAGCAGUUUAAACACACACACACACACACACGCACGCCAGCAAGCACAUACGGUGGGUGUAUAGCAGUGUUUCAGUACUUCACACUCACUCUCGUUUGUACAUGCACACACACACACACACACACACACACACUGCCAAGGGGAUAUUGUGUAUUGAGACAUUCGUUGGGAAGCGUGUAGUUCAUGUGUCACACAGCAGUUCUGUGUGUGCGUGUGUGUGUGUGUGUGUGUGUCUGUACCUCUGCCUCUGUGACUGACUCUCUGUAUCUGUGUGUGUGUGUGUGUGUGUGUGUGUCUGUGUGUGUCUGUGUGUGUCUGUGUGUGUCUGUCUGUCUGUCAGUCUGUCUGUCUGUCUAACUGACUGACUCUCUGUCUGUUUGUGUGUGUGUUUUUAUUGAGGGAGGAUGCAUGAUCACACAUGUGUGUGUGUGUGUGUGUGGGGGAGUGACCCAGGCUGGACAUAAAGUAGCCCUUUCCAAACCUCUUGCUCUCCACACACACACCUCAGACCACUGGUGUGUGUGUGUGUGUGUGUGUGUGUGUGUGUGUGUGUGUGUGUGUGUGUGUGUGUGUGUGUGUGUGUGUGUGUGUAACCAUGGUGACAGCCCGGAGGGAUCAACAUAGAGCUGCUAUUGUUUUGAUGUGUUCUAUUUUAUUUUGUUUACUGUUUACUGUAAAUAUCUCCCUCUGUGUGUGACAGACUACUACUAUUGUGUGUUAGGGCAUCGCACCAAGAGAGGCGUGCGUGCGUGCGUGCGUGCGUGCGUGCGUGCGUGCGUGCGUGCGUGCGUGCGUGCGUGCGUGCGUGCGUGCGUGCGUGCGUGGCCCAGCUGGUGCCCCCUGGUUGCCAGUAUUGAAGUGUCCUGCGUUGUGUUCCGUUACGUUCCCUCCUUGUGUUAU